AACAAAUGAUACUCCUGAAUGUUAUGUUAAUUUAAUGAAAAAAUGUUGGGAUUCUGAUUCUUCAAAAAGACCACAUAUAAAAGAAAUUCGAAAAACUAUUGGUAUGUGGGUACAUAAGAUAAAAGAUAUUGACCAAUUUUAUGAAGCUGAAACAACACGACUAAAAUUAAUAGAAAAAAGGAAGCUUGGCCCUGAAUAUGCUGUAAAAACUCACUCUGGCGCAAUUUAUACUAGUAGAUUAUUAAACUCUUUGAUUUCUAGUUCAUCAUCUAUUAGUUCAUCAUCAUCAACUUCAUUUAAUACGAAACAAGAGUAUAUUUCAAAAGAACUUGCGUUUGAUAUUAAUGAUGCUAAAUGCUCAUCUUCAUCAGAAUUAAAUUCUCCAACAAAGCAAGGAAGAAGAUUAUGGGAUAAUAAUAAUAUCACCGCAAUUUUUAUAGGAUUAAGAUGUUAA